AUGGGGAAACGAGUAGCUAUCGUCGGGAGCGGAUGCUCGGGGAUAGGUGCUCUGUGGGCGCUGCACACCAGUACCGAUCAUGAAGUGCACUUGUUCGAAUCGGCAUCAAGACUGGGUGGACACUCCAAUACCGUGACAUACAAUGGCCCCAAUGGGAGCGCAAUUCAGGUUGACACGGGCUUCACUGUCCUGUACGAAGCUACUUGUCCAAACUUCCUCGCAUUCCUGAACGAAAUAGGUGUCCCGACGGCGAAAACUGAGAUGACGUUCGGGAUCUCUCGUGAUCAAGGGACGUUUGAGUGGGCUGAGACCUCGCUGUUUUCCAUCUUCGCGCAAAGGAGAAAUUUAUUCAGUCUGAGUAUGUGGCGACUGAUAUUCGAUGUCAUCCGGUUCGAUAAGUUUGCCCUUGAUGUCUUGAAUGAUAAGCAAGAUAGCGAGAAUGAGGAAACCAGUUGCCGAGAGACCAUCGCGAAAUACCUUGACCGAGAAGGCUAUUCUCAGGGCUUUCGUGACGACUAUCUUGUUCCUGUGGCUGCCGCAAUCUGGAGUACAAGUCUCGACAUGUGUCCUUUGGAGUUUCCCGCCCACACUCUGAUUCGCUUUAUGUACAACCACCAUCUGUUGAGUACAGCUGCGAAGCGGUCGAACUGGCUUAUCAUUCCCGGUGGUGCGAACCAGUACAUUGACGCAGUGUUGAAGGAUUUCCCCACAGAGAGAAUUCACCUCGAAUGCAAAGUCACUGCUCUGGCGUCCACAGGGACAGCUUCUGUGAGGCUCAUAGCCAACAGCCGAGACCAGGAAUUCGACCACGUCAUCCUGGCCACCCAUGGAGACCAGGCUCUUCAGAUCUUGGGGCUUGCAGCGACCACGGAAGAAGCUCAGGUCUUAAGUAGAUUCCAUAGCACUAGGAAUCUUGCAGUUCUGCAUUCGGACAUCUCGUUAAUGCCGAAGCUUCGCACGGCAUGGUCGUCGUGGAAUUGUAUCACAGAAUCUCCAUUUCCUCCGAGACGAACCCGAAACGUACCCAAAGUCUGCCUGACUUCUUGGGCGAACUCGCUCCAGCAUAUUUCCGGAGAUGAAUUCGGUCCCGUUCUGCUCACUCUGAAUCCCCUGACGAUGCCGGAUCCUAGACAAGCUCAUGGUAUCUGGGAAUAUUCUCAUCCGCAGUUCCAUGCCGCUGCAACCGAAGCUCAGCGACUCUUGCCCAGCAUACAGAACACUCGGAACAUCAGUUACUGCGGCGCGUGGACCGGUGAUGGGUUUCAUGAAGCUGGUUUCAGAAGCGGGCUGUCUGUUGCAAUGUACCAUUUAGGAGCAACACUGCCAUUUGAGUUUGUCGAUUCGGCAGUCUUCUGUGGUGGGAAGCCGGCAUUGACCAUCAAGGACCAUCUGUUGAGGCUGUUUGUCCUGAUAGUGCAGAUAGCGAUAUUGCUUGCUGAAGGCAGCUGGCGUAGACUGGCGACUGUCGUAGAUAGACGGAUAGCAUCACGGAGAAGUGCUUGA